GCACCCAUGUCCCUCGAGUCUACAGGAGCUAUCUUGUCUCGCCGCGAAAUUCAAAAUGCCAUCGAAUCAGGAGAAAUCAUUAUACAGCCAUACGACCCCGAUUCUGUCGGUGCUGCAAGUAUUGACCUGACUCUCAGCAACGAGUUCCGCUCCUUCAUCCCCUGCGCUCAACCUCUCAAAGUCACCGAGAGAACCAGCUAUGAAGACAUCACCGUUAAAACCGUUAUACCAGAGGGUGAAACCUACCUCCUCCCCCCAGGCAAAAUGUGUCUCGGCAUCACUUUAGAAAGAGUUGCUCUCUCCGACAAGAUAUGCGGCUUGCUCGAGGGACGCUCUCGAUUCGCUCGUCUAGGGCUUCUGAUUCACAUAACAGCCGGAUUUAUCAAUCCAGGAAUUAACAAUCGGCAGGUGCUGGAAAUAUACAAUGCUAGUAAUCACGUACUAGAACUGAUUCCAGGCACCAAACUCUGUCAACUCAUCUUCAUUCGGAUGUUUGGCACUUCUAAAUACAACGGCUUCUACAAAACUCAAAAUUCACUAUAGAAAUCGAAAAGCACUUGAUUUCCCCUUGUG